AUGGCCCCUAAGAUCGACCCCAACGAGAUCAAGAUCAUCUACCUCCGUGCCACCGGUGGUGAGGUCGGUGCCUCUUCGGCUCUUGCCCCCAAGAUCGGUCCUCUUGGUCUCUCGCCCAAGAAGGUCGGUGAAGACAUUGCCAAGGCCACUGGCGAGUGGAAGGGUCUGCGCGUCACCGUCCAGCUCACGGUCCAGAACCGUCAGGCCGCCGUCUCGGUCGUCCCCUCGGCCUCGUCGCUCGUCAUCAAGGCGCUCAAGGAGCCGCCGCGCGACAGGAAGAAGGAGAAGAACAUCAAGCACGGAGGCAACAUCCCCCUCGACGAGAUCAUCGAGAUUGCGCGAACAAUGGCCCACAAGUCGUUUGCCAAGUCGCUCGCCGGCGGCGUCAAGGAGAUCCUCGGCACCGCCCAGUCGGUCGGCUGCACCGUCGACGGCCAGGACCCGCACUCGAUCAUUGAGCAGAUCGACGCCGGCGAGAUCGAGAUCGACGAGUAA